AUGUGGCCCGACGGCAGCCUGGCCAGCCCCGUGGAGCUGGAGCUGAGUCCGCGCCAGCUGGACGCCGAGCCGCGCCUGGACAAGGCCUGGAUGCUGGACGCCGACCAGGCGGCGCGCAGGGGCGAGGGACUGGACUGGGUGGUGGCCCGCCGCCUCGCCGAGUACGUGGCAGCGUCGUACUGCAACACCUCCAACAUUGCGGCGUGGAACUGCACCCGCUGCGGCGACCCCUCCUCUGAGGAUGAUGAAUCGAGCGGGCCGGAGUUUGAGCUGGAGACGCUGGCGUGGGAUGCGGCCUGGGACCUGCUGGGGUUUGUGGGCUGGAGCAACACGCUGCAGGCCACGGUCAUCGCCUUUCGCGGGACCGACUCCCGGUCUAUUUAUAACUGGGUGACCAACAUGCGCACCUGGCGCACCGACCUCAACCUGACUACGCCCGGCGCGCCCGCCAAUGCGUUGGUGCACGGCGGCUUCCUCACCUCCUGGAGCGGCUCCUCCCUGUCCCGCUCGGUGACGCGCGCGGCAGCGGCGCUGCAGCGCCGCCACGGCCCGCACCCGGUGCACGCCACGGGGCACUCGCUGGGCGGUGCGCUGGCCACCAUAUGCGCCAUGGAGCUGCGCGCGCUGCACGGCCUGCACGACGUGCGGCUGACCACCUUUGGCAGCCCGCGCGUCGGCAACGCGGUGUUCGCCGCCUGGCUCCAACGCGUGGUGCCGGAGCACUGGCGAUUCACGCACAACCGCGACAUAGUACCCUCCGUGGCGCCGCCCUACAUGGGCUUCUGGCAUCUGGCGCGCGAGGUAUGGGUGCUGGACCAGGCGGGGGCGGCCACGCUGGUGGGCAUCUGCGAUGCUACUGGGGAGGACAUCCGCUGCCACAACUCGGUGUGCCACCUGGGGCUGUGCUCCUCCGUCGCCGACCACCUCCUGUACCUGGCAGAGAUGUACACGCCCCGGCCCAUGGGCUGCUGA